AUGGACCAGCCGUCCCCCCACUACAUGCUGGCCAACCUGACGCCGCUGCACUGCGAGCAGCUCCUGCAGGGCCUCAACCUGCUGCGGCAGCACCACGAGCUCUGCGACGUCACCCUGCGCGUGGGCGAAGCCAAGAUCCACGCACACAGGGUGGUGCUGGCCAGCAUCAGCCCCUACUUCAAGGCCAUGUUCACCGGGAACCUGUCAGAGAAGGAGACGGCAGAGGUGGAGUUCCAGUGCGUGGACGAGGCGGCGCUGCAGGCCAUCGUGGAAUAUGCCUACACCGGCACCGUCUUCAUCUCCCAGGACACUGUGGAGUCGCUGCUCCCCGCGGCCAACCUGCUGCAGGUGAAGCUGGUGGUCAAGGAGUGCUGUGCCUUCCUGGAGAGCCAGUUGGACCCCGGCAAUUGCAUCGGCAUCUCACGCUUCGCUGAGACCUAUGGCUGCCACGACCUCUACUUGGCGGCCAACAAGUACAUCUGCCAGAACUUUGAGGAGGUGUGUCAGACUGAGGAGUUCCUGGAGCUCACGCACUCGGAGCUGGACGAGAUCGUGUCCAAUGACUGCCUGAAUGUGGUGACGGAGGAGACGGUGUUCUAUGCCCUGGAGUCCUGGAUCAAGUACGACGUGCAGGAGCGGCAGAAGCACCUGGCACAGCUGCUGCACUGCGUGCGGCUGCCCCUGCUCAGCGUCAAGUUCCUCACCAGGCUGUACGAGGCCAACCACCUCAUCCGGGAUGACCACACCUGCAAGCACCUCCUCAACGAGGCCCUCAAGUACCACUUCAUGCCUGAGCACAGACUGUCCCACCAGACCAUGCUGAUGACGCGGCCUCGCUGUGCUCCCAAAGUGCUCUGUGCCGUGGGGGGCAAGGCUGGGCUCUUUGCCUGCUUGGAAAGUGUGGAGAUGUACUUCCCCCAGACAGACUCGUGGAUCGGGCUGGCCCCUCUGAGCAUCCCUCGCUAUGAGUUCGGGGUCUGUGUGCUGGAGCAGAAGCUGUAUGUGGUGGGAGGCAUUGCCACCCACGUGUGCCAGGGCAUCAGCUACCGCAGGCACGAGAGCUCGGUGGAGCGCUGGGACCCUGACACCAACACCUGGACGUCGCUGGAGAGGAUGUCCGAGAGCCGCAGCACGCUGGGGGUGGUGGUGCUAGCAGGGGAGCUCUAUGCCCUGGGGGGCUACGAUGGUCAGUCCUACCUCAGAACUGUGGAGAAGUACAUCCCCAAGGUGAAGGAGUGGCAGGUUGUGGCCCCCAUGAACAAGACGAGGAGCUGCUUUGCUGCUGCAGUGCUGGAUGGGAUGAUCUAUGCCAUCGGGGGGUAUGGCCCUGCCCACAUGAACAGCAUGGAACGUUAUGAUCCAAGCAAGAACUCCUGGGAGACAGUGGCUUCCAUGGCUGACAAACGGAUCAACUUCGGUGUGGGAGUCAUGCUGGGCUUCAUCUUCGUGGUGGGGGGGCACAAUGGGGUGUCCCACCUGUCCAGCAUCGAGAGAUACGACCCCCACCAGAACCAGUGGACUGUGUGUCGGCCCAUGAAGGAGCCCAGAACAGGAGUCGGUGCAGCUGUGAUCGACAACUACCUGUACGUGGUGGGAGGUCACUCGGGCUCGUCCUACCUGAACACGGUGCAGAGGUACGACCCCAUCACGGACACCUGGCUGGACUCUGCAGGGAUGAUGUACUGUCGGUGCAACUUUGGCUUGGCUGCACUUUGA